GCAGGGACAGCCCGCCCAGGUGGACUCUCCCACAGCGGCCCCAUCCUCGGGGCUCGGGGCUCAGGGCGCGCCAGCCCUGACACGUCGGCUCGGGUCCCCCGCUCGGCCUGCUCCUCUAGGGGCCCCCAGGCCGAUGGCCGGUCUGAACGUGUCCCUCUCCUUCUUCUUCGCCACCUUCGUCCUCUGCCAGGCGGCCAGGAGGGCGUGCAAGGCCCUGCUCCCGGCGGGCGCCUACGCCAGCUUCGCCCGGGGGGCGGUGGGCGCGGCCCAGCUGGGGGCCUGCUGUCUGGAGAUGCGGAUGUUGGCCGAGCCCGGCCCCUGGGCGGGGGGCUUCGGCCCCGACCUGCUGCUCACCCUGCUCACCCUGCUCCUCCUGGUUCACGGGGCGACCUGCGACGGCGCCGCGGCCAACCCCACCGUGUCCCUGCAGGACUUCCUCCUGGCCGAGGCCCCCGCGCCCCGCACGCUGCUGAAGCUGGCGGCCCAGGGGCUGGGUGUGCGGGCGGCCUGUGCCCUGACCCGGCUGUACCGGGCCUGGGAGCUCUGUGACCUGCACGUCCUCCAGAACCUCCUGGACCCGCACUGCGGCUCCCCCCUGCGCACGCCCGUGUCCCACGGCGCGCUCGUGGAAGGCGCCGGCGCCUUCUUCUUGCACCUGACCCUCCUCCGCCUCCGGAACAGCCUGCCCGCCUACCGGGUGCCGGCCGUGGCCCCGCUGGCCACCGUCAUGACCCACACAGCUGGGCCCUUCACGUCCGCCUUCUUCAACCCGGCCCUGGCCACCUGGGCCACAUUCCACUGCUCGGGCCACACCCUGCUGGAGUACAUGCAGGUGUACUGGCUGGGUCCUCUGACAGGGAUGGUCCUGGCCGUCCUGCUGUAUCAUGGCCGCCUUCCUCGCCUGUUCCAGAGGAACCUGUUGUACAGCCAGAAGAACAAGUACCGAACCCCUAGAGGGAAGCCGGCCCCGGGGCCUAGAGACACCCAGACGCCUGCAGAGGGGUGCGGAAGCCGGGAGCCUGGGCGGGGUGGGGCGGGGCAGCCGCUGCCGGGCUCCCACUGAGCCAGCACGGUCUGGGGCGAGGGCCGGGGCUCUGGCUGGACUCUGGGGCCUCCCUGAGCCGAGGGGGGACCGGACCCGCAGCCCUUUCUCCCCACAAACCUUUCGUCAAUAAACCAUUCCUAAGACCU